GGCCCCGGGCGCCGACGUGGACUCGGCGACAAACCUGGGAUCCAGCCUCAGGGGUAGCAGGACCCCCACUCUCGACACCGCUCGCUUCCUGAACUCAGCCGCAAAUCCUUCUUAGACUCCGGGUGCUACAAGUUCACCAGAUCCCAGCAUGCCUUCAGAGACGCCCCAGGUGAAAGAGGGGUCUGCAGGGUGCCCCCACCACCUGGGGAAAGGGAGCCCAGAGAGGGGGCCUCCAGGGGACAAGGAGGCCAAGGAACAUCUGUGGACCCGGCCUGACCUCCCCAGCAGGUGCACCUGGCAGCUGGGCAGGCCCAGUACGGACUCCCCGCACCACCACGCGUCUCACCUGGAGGCUCUGACAAAUUCUCCAAAAAUCUUGCCAGAUAUUCUGAGGAAAAUCGGGAACACCCCGAUGGUCAGGAUCAACAAGAUCGGGAAGAGCGCUGGCCUCAAGUGCGAGCUCCUGGCCAAGUGUGAGUUCUUCAACGCGGGCGGGAGUGUGAAGGACCGCAUCAGCCUGCGCAUGAUUGAGGACGCCGAGCGCGAUGGGACCCUGAAACCCGGGGACACGAUCAUUGAGCCGACAUCUGGGAACACAGGGAUCGGGCUGGCGCUGGCUGCAGCUGUGAAGGGCUAUCGCUGCAUCAUCGUGAUGCCGGAGAAGAUGAGCAUGGAGAAGGUGGAUGUCCUGCGGGCCCUGGGGGCGGAGAUCGUGAGGACGCCCACCAACGCCAGGUUCGACUCCCCCGAGUCCCAUGUGGGCGUGGCGUGGCGGCUGAAGAACGAGAUCCCCAAUUCCCACAUCCUGGACCAGUACCGCAAUGCCAGCAACCCCCUGGCCCACUACGACGCCACCGCGGAGGAGAUCCUGCAGCAGUGUGAUGGGAAGCUGGACAUGCUGGUGGCUACUGUGGGCACGGGGGGCACGAUCACAGGCAUUGCCAGGAAGCUGAAGGAGAAGUGUCCUGGGUGCAGAAUCAUCGGGGUGGACCCGGAAGGGUCCAUCCUUGCGGAGCCCGAAGAGCUGAACCAGACGGACCAGACCUUCUACGAGGUGGAAGGGAUUGGCUACGACUUCAUCCCCACGGUGCUGGACAGGGCGGUGGUGGACAAGUGGUUCAAGAGCAACGACGAGGAGUCCUUCGCCUUCGCCCGCAUGCUGAUCGCACAGGAAGGACUGCUGUGUGGUGGCAGCUCCGGCAGCGCCAUGGCUGUGGCUGUGAAGGCGGCCCAGGAUCUGCAGGAGGGUCAGCGCUGUGUGGUCAUCCUGCCCGACUCCGUGCGGAACUACAUGUCCAAGUUCCUGAGUGACAAGUGGAUGCUGCAGAAGGGCUUUUUGAAGGAGGAGGACCUCUUGGUGAAGAGGCCGUGGUGGUGGCACCUGCGAGUUCAGGAGCUGAGCCUGUCGGCCCCGCUGACUGUGCUGCCCACCGUCACCUGUGAGCACACCAUCACCAUCCUCCGCGAGAAGGGCUUCGACCAGGCGCCUGUGGUUGAGGAGUCGGGGGCCAUCCUGGGGAUGGUGACUCUUGGGAACAUGCUGUCGUCCCUGCUUGCUGGGAAGGUGCAGCCGUCAGACCAAGUCCGAAAAGUCCUCUACAAGCAGUUCAAACCGAUCCGCCUGACGGACACGCUGGGCACCCUCUCGCACGUCCUGGAGAUUGACCACUUUGCCCUGGUGGUCCAUGAGCAGAUCCAGUCACGGGACCAGGCCUGGUCAGGAGUGGUGGGGGGGCCUGCAGACCACAGCAAUGGCGAGUCCAGUGAGCGGCAGAUGGUGUUCGGGGUUGUCACGGCCAUUGACCUGUUGAACUUCGUGGCAGCCCGCGAGGAUGGGAAAUGAGCCUGCAAGUCCUGCGCCUUGCUCCCACCCUCCCUCUGCUUUUCCAGAUGCUAAGCAGAUUCCCCUGUGGGUGGCAGGAGCAGACAAAGGCCGUUCCAGGCCAGCCAGCAAAGGCCUUGGUGCCACCUGGUCUGGACAAUUCAUAAAAGUGGAACUGCAGUCUGG